UCUUGCAGGCAGUUGCGAUUUCUCUAGUUUCUCUCAGGACAGGGAAGACUUACACAAUGUCCUGACACCACACCCUGACACUAUGUGGGCUCUGAUCUUCUGGUUCCUGACCCACCCCCAAGAAACUGGAGCCCGAUCACACUCUCUGCACUAUUCUUACUCAGCCGUGACAGAGCCGGGCCCAGGAGUUCCUGCAUUUUUUGCCAGUGGUUUUGUAGAUAACCAGCCCUUCAUCCACUAUGACAGUAGGAAGAUGGAGGCAGAACCUUGUGCUGACUGGCUGAGGGAAAAUCCAUAUUACUUUGAUGAGGAGACCCAGGUUUUCACCAAUCGGAUGAAGAUCUUCCAGUUGAGCCUGAGAAACAUUCAGCAAUACUACAACAGCUCUGGUGACCGGAGUCAGAGAGCAGACGGCUUCCACCAGCAAGCAGGCCCUCACACCCUCCAGUUCACGUACGGCUGUGAGAUGCAGGACAACAGGACCACAGGGCACUGGCAGUAUGGCUACGAUGGCAGGGAUUACCUGACCUUGGACUUGGACUCUAUGCAAUAUACAGCAGCCACCUUCAUUGCUGGCUACACCAAGCACAAGUGGCAAAACAAUGAGUACUGGCUGGAGAGAGAGAAGACCUACUUGGAGAAGGAGUGUGUCCUGUGGCUAAAGAGAUACUUAACUAUGGGAGGAGAGAACUUUACCCGAACUGACCCUCCACAGACAACCGUGACAUGCCACCCCAGACCUGAAGGUGAUGUGACCCUGAGGUGCUGGGCCCUGGGCUUCUACCCUGCUGACAUCACCCUGACCUGGCAGUUGAAUGGGGAGGACCUGACCCAGGACAUGGAGCUUGUGGAGACCAGGCCUGCAGGGGAUGGAACCUUCCAGAAGUGGGCAUCUGUGGUGGUACCUCUUGGGAAGGAGCAGAAGUACACAUGCCGUGUAGAGCAUGAGGGACUGCCUGAGCCCGUCAGCCUGACAUGGGAGCCUCUUCAGCUCACCACGUCCAAGACAGAAGUAUGUGCUAGGGGCAGAUGGGGACUUCAAGCAACCACCCUGUGUGUCCUCAUGGUUUUCUGGGCCUGGUGCUAGUGUUUCUUGGACUUACCUGCUACAGAAUCCAGGCCAGAAGAAAGGACUGGCUCCAUCUGUCCCAGGAAAGGUAGCCUGGUCCCCAGCUGAACUAAGGCAAGAAGCCCCAGAGACUCUGAAGGGACGGUAGGAGCUUUGCCUAUGCCUGGUCACUAGGCCUGUCACCAGCCGUAGCCCCCAUAGUUUUGUGGCCAUCAGUUAUGUAUUGGCAAAACCCCAAGCCCCCCACAUUAGAAGAAAAGAGCUGUGACCCCAAGUCACCGGGCUCUGCUGCUUCCUUCCUAUCACCUGAUCAGCCUGCUUUCUUACAGAGUCAGGGACCACCUGCCCAGAGAAGGCACCACCCACCAUGGGCUGGGCUCUCCCCCACUAAUCACUAACUGAGAAAAUGCCUUACAGCUGGAUCUCAUGGAGGCUUUCCUCAACUGAGGAUCCUCUCUCUCUGAUAACUAACCUGUUUGACGCAAAACCUUAUUACAUCUGAUCCCUUGCCAACAUGACACAUCAUUAAACCACAACUCUGCCUUUCUUGUUCAUCCCCAAAAAUCUCACAUAAAGAACUUUAAAAGUCCCACAGUUCUUACAAAUUAAAACACAUAACAUUUUCAAGUCCCUUUAAAAUAGCCAAUCUCUCUUAAAAUGCCAAGUCUCUCAAUCGUGGGCUCCUGUAAAACACUUUCUUACUCCAAGAGAGGAGAACCGGGCCACAGUCACAAUCUGAACAAAGCAAAACCAAACUCCCAACCGUGUGAGCAACACCAUGCCUGAGAUCCACGCACGAUCUCCUGGGCUCCUCCACAGGGCUUGGAUCACCCCUCCAGCUUCUUCGCCCUUUGUAGCACACCCAGCUUUCUUCCUAGGCUCCACCCCGCUCCACUCCACCACGGCUGCUGUUCUUGGUCAUCCCAUGGUACUGGUGUCUCCAAAACUGCUAGGGUCCUUUGCUGCAAGUGGGCUGCACUUUUGCCAGUAGCCUCUCCUGGCCUCUCACUGUGCCAAGCCUCAGCUGCUCUCCGUGACGCCUUCAUGCUUUCAAAACCAGUGCCUCCUGGUUUUUUACACAUUACCAAGUCCAGCUGCAGCAUGAGGUACAACAUGGCUGCCUCUGGAACACACCUUCUCUGUGCUAUUAGGAAACACUUCCCUGAAGAUUUCACCUCUGUGAUGCUGGUCUCUCCUUAAUCUCCGAUAAUUUCUUAGCUCCAGCUAACAGCAUCAAUUGCCCCAGUAACACAAAGGUUUCACUUUAAUGGUGCUGGUCUCUUGUUAAUUGUGGCUAACUCUUCAGCCCCGGCUGACCAGAAUCACAGGACCUUAAUUCUAAUAAGCAAAUGCUCCUGAGAGUCCUUAAUUUCCCUCCAAGGUUUCACAAGCCAGGCCUCUGUCACCUGCACCUCUCAACACUCUUGUCCUCCAAGCUCCCACAGCACAUUCCCCUGAGGUCACAGCACUCAGGCUUUUCUAGCUCAAAGCUCCAAAGUCCUCCUACAGUCUUCCCCUAAACAUGGUCAGGUCCGUCACAGAAAUGCCCCACCUCUGGCUCUAACUUGUCUUUGUUAGAGUUUCUCUUGCUGCAACAAAACACCAUAACCAAAAAGCAAGUUGGGGAGGAAAGGGUUUAUUCGGCUUAUACUUCUACACUGCUGUUCACCUCCAAAGGAAGUCAGGACAGGACUCAAACAGGGCAGGAACCUGAAGGCAGGAGCUGAUGCACAGGCCAUGGAAGGGUGCUGCUUACUGGCUUGCUCCUCCUGGCUCGCCCGGACAGCUUUCCUGAGGAUAGCGGAAAAUGGAGGACGCCCCAAAAUGGAGGACGCCCUUUUCUUAGUGGGGUUUCCCCUUCUCAGCAUGAUCUGGGGAGCCCAACACACACUCUACCUGAGGGAUGGCACAUAAUCCCUGAGGAAAUUACAGGUUCCACUCUCCUGGAAUGCCUCUCUCUGUAAAUGAGGUAUCCCCAGAACUUUAAGCCUCAAUCAAUGAAACUUCACCCUAAGAA